AAAAUGGUUCACAAAGAAUUCGGUGAUAUCUUUAAAAGAUUCAUAUAAAUUCCAAUUCUUAAAAAUACAUUUGCAGAACACUUUUACUAAGCUUUCUAAUUUUUACCAGGGCAUGCUUUAGAAAGAAAUUCUAAUCAUUUAGUUUUGAGAUAUAAAGUUCCUUAAGAAAUUAUGAAUAUGAAUGGAUCUGUUCAUGGAGGAGCUUUAGCAACAAUUCUUGAUUGUGCCACAACAAUAGCCAUUCUAAGAGGAGAUAGAAAUCUUUCCAGAACUGUCAGGUAACAUUAACACUUUAUUUAGUAUUGAAUUGGGAUUGUCAUUUAUCAGUCCUGCUAAGCUGAAUGAUUAACUCAUUGUACAUGCAGUUUGUCAAAAAGUAGGAAAGAAUGUAGCAUACUCUGUAUGUGAUAUAUAUGAAGAAUCAGGAAUGAAAUUAGUGACAACAGGUAGACAUAUUAAAGCUGUAUUGCCUGGAACAUUUUUUGAUUCAGAUUUCAAAAAGAUAUCAUGAAAUAUUUAUAAUAAUUUUAUUUUAAAUUUCAUAAUAAUAAUGAGC